AUGUCAACUCAAUCAACGGAGCAACGUGUCAGUCGAUGGUACUUUGGUGGUACUGCAUCUGCUGGUGCGGCAAUGUGUACACACCCGCUUGAUUUGCUUAAGGUGCAUUUGCAAACUCAACAACAUGGUAGGGUCGGUAUUUUUGAAAUGACAAUGAAAAUUAUUCGAAAUGAUGGCAUUCGAGGUCUCUAUAAUGGUAUUUCAGCUUCUCUAUUAAGACAGAUGACAUAUUCUUUGACUCGUUUUGGUAUGUAUGAGCAGUUGAAGAAGCAAUUUCCGGGAGAUUCAACUACCAUUCCUUUCUACCAAAAAGCCGCAAUGGCGGGAAUAAGCGGAGCAUGCGGCGGUUUUAUUGGUACUCCUGGAGAUAUGAUUAAUGUGCGCAUGCAAAAUGAUAUGAAGUUAUCGCCAGCAGAGCGGCGAAAUUACAAGCAUGCUAUUGACGGGUUAUUCCGAGUAAUGCGUGAGGAAGGUGUCACUAAACUUUUUAAUGGGGCUGCAAUGGCAACAUCUAGAGCUGUUUUCAUGACCAUUGGUCAGUUGUCGUUCUAUGAUCAAAUCAAACAAAUCGCUCUUGCAUCGGGUUACUUCAAGGACACUCCAACAACUCACUUCGGGUCUUCAUUCGCUGCGGCAUCGAUUGCGACAGUUUUAACUCAGCCACUGGAUGUUAUGAAGACCCGUAUGAUGAAUGCAAAGCCGGGCCAGUUCAAUAGUAUCUUGUCCUGCUUCUUAUAUACUGCGAAACUUGGACCAAUUGGCUUCUUCAAGGGCUUUAUACCAGCAUGGGUUCGAUUAGCGCCACAAACAAUCCUUACCUUCAUUUUCUUGGAACAACUUCGUUUGAAUUUUGGCUAUUUUCGAACUUCUCCCACGAAACAGUGA